UGGGCACGCUGGACUUCAGCCUGCUCUACGACCAGGAGAACAAUGCCCUGCACUGCACCAUCAGCAAGGCCAAGGGCCUGAAGCCGAUGGACCACAAUGGGCUGGCUGACCCCUAUGUCAAGCUGCACCUGCUGCCCGGAGCCAGUAAGGCAAAUAAGCUCAGAACAAAAACUCUCCGUAACACUCUGAACCCCACAUGGAAUGAGACCCUCACUUACUAUGGGAUCACAGAUGAAGACAUGAUCCGCAAGACCCUGCGGAUCUCCGUGUGCGAUGAGGACAAAUUCCGCCACAACGAGUUCAUUGGGGAGACACGAGUGCCCCUGAAGAAGCUGAAACCCAACCAUACCAAGACGUUCAGCAUCUGCCUGGAGAAGCAGCUGCCAGUGGACAAGACAGAAGACAAGUCCCUGGAGGAGCGGGGCCGUAUCCUCAUCUCCCUCAAGUACAGCUCGCAGAAGCAGGGCCUGCUGGUGGGCAUCGUGCGCUGCGCACACCUGGCCGCCAUGGACGCCAAUGGCUACUCGGACCCCUACGUGAAAACAUACCUGAAGCCAGAUGUGGACAAGAAAUCCAAACACAAGACAGCGGUAAAGAAGAAAACCCUGAACCCGGAGUUCAACGAGGAGUUCUGUUAUGAGAUCAAACAUGGGGACCUGGCCAAGAAGACCCUAGAGGUCACCGUUUGGGAUUACGACAUCGGAAAAUCCAACGAUUUCAUCGGCGGCGUGGUUCUGGGCAUCCAUGCCAAGGGCGAGCGCCUGAAGCACUGGUUUGACUGCCUGAAGAACAAGGACAAGCGGAUCGAGCGCUGGCACACGCUCACCAACGAGCUCCCAGGGGCCGCGCUCAGCGACUGACGCCUGCCCGGCCGGGGAGCCCGACACAGCUGGCCCUGGGCGUCCUCAGCUGCCACCAAGGGCUGUGGCCCCCCACUGGGGCAGAUCCAGGACGCCUUCUUGGACACAGAUCCACUGCAGCUCCC